AUGCCUUUCACCUGCAGCGACAUUUUCAAGAUCAUCCUGGCCAUCUUCCUUCCACCUCUUGGUGUGUUCCUCGAGCGAGGUUGCGGCGCUGACUUUUGGAUCAACGUUCUCUUGACUAUACUUGGUUAUCUUCCUGGCAUCGUACACGCCCUAUACAUCAUCUUCAAGUAUUAA